AUGAAGAUCCAUGGGAAAAUUCUGCAUCAGUAUUUGUUGAGCAGUUCAUCUGUGGAUAAAGAGGGAUUCCUCUACAAGAAGGGCGUGAUGAACACGUCCUAUCAGAAGAGAUGGUUCACUCUUAAAGGAAACCUGCUGUUAAACCGUGAUCGGUCGGCAGACAGAGACAUGCUGGGUGUGAUCGUUCUCAAGGGCUGCUCUGUGCAGCUGUGUGAAUCAGACGAGCAGUUCGCCUUUUCCCUGGUAUUCAGUGAGUCUGAUCUUCGUACCUACAAGUUCUCUGCAAAGGAUGAGUUGAGUCAGAAGGGCUGGGUUAAAGCCCUACUCUCUGCUCGACACGGUUUCCUCUGUGUUCUCCUCACUGAUCUACAACAGCAGUACCUGGAGUCAGCCAAGGCGGCAGGUGUUGAAGCAGUGGACUACUUCUCUGUAACAGCAGAAAGCAUGGCUCAUUCAUAG